AUGAAUUGGCACAAACAACGGCAGCAUGUACUCGACCGAAUCGCCUAUAUUCCUGGUGGAACUGAUCGCGAUGGAAAUGUUCUAUUAGUAAUAUCAACGGCCGCCAUACAAGAAGUUUCGUAUGAGCAACUCGUCUCUUUACUGGCUCUUUUAUCCGAUACACUACCUCCCACGACGACAUUUACUGUCAUCAUCGACACUAGGCAUAUUCAAUUGAAACAACUCAAAUUUUAUUUGAGAGCAUGUCAACAAGCGUUAUACAAAAAAGUUCGACAAGUGUUGAUAAUUCAACCGGAAAAGUUUCUUGAUCAACAGAAAAUCAAUUUUGAUUUGAUCGUCAGCGGAUAUUCCUUACGGACAAUUCUCAUUUCGAUGCACAAAUUAUCGAAAUUUAUUGAUAUUUCUCAAUUGCCUGAGGAAUUCGGAGGAACUUCGACGUAUGAUCCGGAUGAUUGGUAUAAACGACGAAUGCAAAUGACUCAAUUUGAAGAUUAUUUAACAGAAAUUGCAUCGGAUCGGAGUAAGAGAGAUGCCGAGAAAGAAGCGAAAUUGGAUGAAUUUAUCACGAAAUUGCUCACAAUGAAGCGAAUCGAUGAUAAAUAUGCAGCAGAAAAUCUCAAAAAUUCGAUAAAUGGAAUAAAGCAGAAAGAAGAGCAAGAAAGUAAGGAAGAGCUCAUCGAAGAGCACGCGGCUGGCGUGAAUCGAUUGCUCGAUUGGCUCGAAGGAAGUGGCGAGAAAUGGCUGAACUCGUUAUGUCAGUACUCUGAUAAUUUGGAUGAAGCUGAAAGUCUCGUGAAGCAGCAUGCGCAGUUGAAGGAGAAGACAAAGGAAAUCGGAGAGCAGACUGGCCAGCUCGCCGAAAUGGCGACUCGUCUGAUGGCGGUGUGUCCGCAAUACUCGAUUUCGCUUCACAAAAUGCGCGAGCAAGUCGGACUCGUUGGCGAUCAAUUCGCCCAUCGCGUCAAUGCUCAAUCCGAGUUCGCCGUCUCCAACAAAAACUUCCAAGCGAAACUAUUGGAAUUGACGAGACAAAACGAUGCGAUGCUUGAAAUGUUGUGCGCCGACGACGGCGAAUCGUCGAAACUCAACGAUCUCGACGAGAUUCAGAAGGAGAAGAAGAUUCUCGACGACAAAUUGAGCAGCUUGAAUCUCACAUUUGAGAAUGCGAUGGAGGCUGGAAGAGAGACGAUGCGGAAGGCGCAUCAGUUCGAGGAUGUGUUGCCAAGUGAGCAGUUCGCUUCGAGAGUCGCGUCAAGUCUUUCAUACAUUUCGCAAAGACAAAACAGAUGCAACGACCUCGCGAAUGUCCGUCGCUUGAAGCAGCAGCAGCUCAUCCAGCUGCUCACCACAUAUGCCGAUCUCGAUCAGGCGAUUAAGUGGCUCGUCGAGCUUAAAGAAACUCUCAACACUGAAUAUAGUUUGGCCGAGGUUGACGAGAACGCGGUGAGUCAUCUUCGACAAGAUCGCGCCGCUCUUGACAACACCGCGAAGAGCACAUACGACUACGGGAAGCAGCUCGUCGCGAUGGCACGAACCACCGAGAGGACCACGAUGCGCGAGAAUGAGCACGACGAGCGGAAUGGGAAGCUGGAGAAGGCUUGGGCCGAAUUGGAAGAAGCGAUCAGAAAAAACGAGGCGAGGCUUCGAGUCGUCGAGAGUUUUAUGGCGACACACCGGCAAAUGCUUGACAGAGUCGCUGAAGUUGAGAAGUGUAUUCGGGAGCGAAUACGAGCUGGUCAGAAGCCGACGGCAAUCACGAUGUCUGUCGAAAGGCGACGACUUCAAGAUGACAUUGAAGAGCUCGGAAGCAUUGGGAAAAUGCUGAGUGCUCAGAUCAACGCCGACCAUUCAACAUCGCCCGAAAACCGGCAAACGGUCAUCAAACAAAUCGACGCCAAAGUUCAAGAAGUUGUGAGUGCCCAAAGAAAAAUGGAAAGUUUGGUGGCCGAGGAAGAGGACGUCGAUUCAAGCUCCGGCAAAGAGUCGCGUCGCACACGAUCACGGCCAUUAUCGAAAGUCGCCGAAGAGGACGACGACACGACGUCGACGAUGCCGCGCGCCGUUCGAAUGGUCGAGAAUCUCGCCGGAAUCACUCCCGCAAUUCGAUUAUCCAAAAACGAGAGCUACCUGUGA